AUGGAGGAGAACAACUCCCUCCCGCGGCCCACUGCUGUCGCGAUGGAUACAAAUAGUAGUAAGAAGAGAAAACGCCCUAAAGACGUUCCCUCGCAUACAAGGAUCCUGGCCGCCUGUGACGCCUGUCGCGUGAGCAAGACGCGGUGCGACUCUGCUCGCCCGACGUGCGCAAAGUGCGCUGAGCGCGGCGUGGGCUGCCAUUAUCCUGAUAAAGAUCCAUUCUCAAUAUUCGAAACCUGGGGCAAGAAAAUUUUGACCGCCGUUGAAGAGCAGGGGCGUCUCCUGUCUAGUCUCGGGAAUGGCCUCCAGCCGCGUCCCGAACAAAUGUCUCGCCUGCUGGACAUGGACGGAGACAAUCUCGAGACCAUGUCGCGAAAAGACACUCCAUGGACGCCCAUCACGGGCUCCGACAUGAUCCUGGGCUGGUCUGUAUUCCCACAGGAGAGGCCGGUCAGCACGUUUCCCUCGUCAGAAUACGCCGAGAAGCCGAAGCCAUCCGACCUUGGUACGUGCCGAGUCAACUUGAUGAUGUUUGCAUGCAAAGCCAUGUGUUUGCUAAUCGAGACGGUGCGGGCAACAAAAAAAACAGAAGUGUCAAACCCUUCCCCAGAACGCAUGUUUGAGCUGCGGGACAUUUACAUGAGCAAGAUCCAGGGAAAGAAUCCCAUUGUCGACGCCGACCAGCUUGACGCUCACAUUGCAUACGUGCUGGAGAACGGCUUCGGCUGGUCGGCCACGUCGUGUCUCGUGCUCUUGGUGUUUGCGCUGGCCGCCGUCUGGGGCAACUACCCCGAUGAUGAGCGGCGAAAUAUCGAGUCGGACGAGGAGCUGGAUCUGUAUCCCAGGCAGCGCGUCACCAUGGCGGUGCCGGAUCAUCGCAUGAGAGAGUCUCUGAUGUACAUUGCCAUGGCGCAGAAACGAAUGUCCACGGCGUAUUUGGACGAUUCGUUGCUUGGCGUCGUGUGCUUUUGUCUCUUUGGAAUGUGGUAUCAGUACAAUAUUGAGCCAAUACCUGGGUGGAAAAUGUUUCGAACAGCGUCAAUGAUGUGGGAAGCAUACAACUUGAAGCACUCCGAUGGCAAGACGCAGCGGCCCAAGCAAGAAGAGAAGAGUAUUGACAACGUUACGCAAGGUCUUGAACAGCGACUCUACUGGACAUGUCUCAAAUCCGAAUGUGAGGUACGGCACGAACUCAACGGCCUCCCUUCGUGCACACUCCAAGAAUCAUCGUUCCCCUACGCCCUCCCUACCUUUCCAACCAUCGAGAGCUUCGGCCAAAGCCCCGUGGACAGCACACGCCACGAGCAGUCCACCACGCUGUCCUACUACUACUACCUCGCCGAGAUCUCUCUCCGCCGCCUGCUCAACCGCACUCGCAGUGCCGCCACCGUGCUAUCACCAAACAUCGACUCCCUAACCGCCUCCCAGCUCGCAGACACGUUGCAGAAGCUCGAGGGCCAGCUACAGCAGUGGCUCGACUGCCUCCCCCCAGCACUCCGCUUCCACAUCCCGCCCGACUCACGGCCGUCGCCCGACGAGCCCGAACUCGUCAAGCUCAUGCGCGAACGAUAUGCCGAGGUCCGCGAGCUGCUCUGCCGGGCUUACCUGUACAUGUGUCUCCACGGCGGCAUGCGGCUGACACGCUCUCAAGUCGAAACAUUCGGCGCUCACGCUUCUCUGGGCCUGAGGCUGAGCAUCUACCGCAUCCAGACGGAAAACGCCUUCUUCCGCCACCCCGGAUCGUGGGGAGCCUGCCGCGUGCGCUUCAACCACGGGCUCUGCCUGAUUGCGGCAUUCCGGGGCAAGCAGGCUGGGGUGGAGUCGGCGGCGCAUGUUGUCGUGCCACCGCAGUGGCGAGAAUGCGUGGGCAUGGUUCAGGAGAGGCUGGAGACAUGGGGUGACCAGGGAGGGGGGAUUCGGGAAAUGGCUGUGUUGUUGGAUUGGCUGCUGAAGCAGUAG